GGAGAAACAAGACAAUUUUCCAAAGAAAAACAGAAGAAAACGAUGGGUUCCAUUCAAUCUAUCACACGGUCAGCAACGGGUAGGGGCCCCGGGAUACCCAAUCGAGUCUGAUAUUCAUAAGACUGGAAAUUGCGGCGACGACGAGUAACUUCAUUCACCCAUGGCGUCGACGUUGACCGAGUCCUGGAUCAAAGGCCCCCACUCCACCAACUUCUUUACGCGCUAUUUCAAGGUCGACAGUCCCACGGCCGUCAUCGUCUUUGUUCAUGGUUUCGGCGAACACUGCAGUCGAUAUACCGACCUGCACUCCCAAUUUGCCGAGCGUGGUGUCGCUGUCUUCACCUAUGACCAGCGAGGCUUCGGAAGGACGGCGCUGGACAAGGAGAACAAGAGUAAAGACAGCUCGUACGCCAGAACAAACUGGGCCAAUGAAAUGGAGGACGUCGCUUGGGCUAUCCAACAUGUACAGAAGGAGCUUCCUGGAGUACCCGUGUUCCUCAUGGGGCAGUCCAUGGGCGGUGGAGAAGUCUUGGGGUUCCCUACUGAAGGAAGGACUUCUCCUUAUGCUUCUACGGUCGCGUCUUUGUCCGGCGUAAUAGCUACGAGUCCUAUGGUCGAGCAGACCUUUCCGGUCAACAAGGUCCUACGUUGGAGUCUCAGCAAAUUGGCUUUCCUGACUCCCUACGUUCUCUUCCCGGCGGACCUUGCUCCUGACGAACUAUCUCGCGAUACUUCUGUCGGCGCGGCCUAUGUAAAGGAUCCUCUUGUAAAGCCCUCGGGAAGUCUCCUUGGUCUGAUGGAUAUGCUCGAUCAUGGCGAGGACCUUCUGAAAUCACGAUGCCAUCAUUGGCCUAAGAAGCUUCCUUUGAUCAUCUUUCAUGGGACGGACGACAGGAUUACGAGUCCGAAGGCAAGUCGGGCAUUCUUUGACGCAGUCUGCACGGAGGAUAAGAAAUAUGUAUCAUAUCCCGGUGCCUUCCACGAGCUCUCUAAUGAGAAAGAAGACGGUGUGAAAGAUAAAUUAUUGGAGGAGUCUCUCGCUUUCAUCCAAAAGCAUUCAACUCCUAUCCCCGAGACGUCCAAAUUAUAGAUCAUAUGUAUAAUCGUCAGUAUCAUUAAAGUGAUAUGCUUAUGUUGGCAAUUUUUCAACGCG